AUGUCAGCUAGCGAGCUACAGCAUUAUGCUCGGAACUGGUGUAAGAAAGAGGACAUGGAGCAUGACGGGACAUUUCUCUUUGUUUGUUAUCUGAGACAUGUAUCAACAAAGAAGUUGUUUGCUGCUCUAGCAUCUGAGAUUCUGACAAGGUGUACGCUGGCCGCCAACAGAAAACUUCGACUUUUCUCCCGAUGUAUUCAAACCCAGAAAGACGAAGAAUCGUAUGAGAUCUGAAUACAACAGCUACAGAUCCAGUGGGACGAAUUGGACUGUUUAGGUGAUGUCGAAAAAAGGAAGCGUAUCCGGGAAUCAUUCAGACCUCCUGCCUUGGACAUUGUAAACGAUUUGAAAAGUCGUGCUACCUCAAGAGACUAUCUACACGCUUUAGAACUUGCUUUUAGUACAACAGAAUCGUCUGUCCAUGCAAUGUGUCAGAAUGAGGGUGAACUUCCGUCCCAGUUUAUGAGACGCCUCCAGGGUAUAAUAAGACUGGCAAUACUCAAAGGUGCCAUUUCCUCAAAGAAUGUGAACAAGACAAGACUGAACCAGUUUCUAAAAGGGAUCUUAUUUGAAAAGCUGCUACUUGUAAGUCUACACCUCAGGGAAAUAAUGUCCAACCCACCGACAUAUCUUGAGCUGCUCAGCAUUAUCCGCAAACAAGAGAGAGAACUGGAAAACAAAUAA